AUGCUUACCCCGGUAUUCAUUCUCGGCCUCCUAUUUGGUCUCAUUACAGAGUCACAUGGGCAAGACAAUAAAUUGGUGGUGGAUCUAGGCUACGCAAAAUACAACGGUUUUGUGGGCGAAAAGGGAAUGAACCAAUGGUUCGGUAUCAGAUAUGCCGCUCCGCCUACUGGCAACAACAGAUUCCGAGAACCUCAAGACCCUGCCGAUAAUCCGGAGGUCCAACAAGCAAACAAGCGCACUCCAGUCUGUCAUUCGUCGCCAUCGACGAAACUAAAUCCAGACCAAAGUGAAGACUGUCUUUUUCUGAACGUCUUUGCUCCAGCGAAGGAAACGAAGCCUCGCGCUGUCCUCGUCUGGUUCCAGGGCGGAGGACUGAACUCGAAUGCUGACGCGAAUGGUGACGGAUCUAGUCUGAUCGCUGCUGCCGACAAUGACCUGGUUGUAGUCACUUUCAACUUUCGAGUGGGUGUCCAUGGUUUUCUUGCCAGUAAGGAAGUCAAAAAGGAUGGAAAUCUUAAUGCCGGUCUACUAGAUCAGCGAAAGGUCUUGCACUGGGUUCAAAAGAAUAUCCACCUCUUCGGUGGAGAUCCAGAACGUGUCACCAUAGGAGGCGGUUCUGCUGGAGGGGGCGCUGUAUCUCUCCAUCUCACUGCGUAUGGAGGCAAGAAUGAAAAUUUGUUCAGCGCAGCGGUGGGUGAAAGCGCCUCUUAUGGGGUUCAAUACACCGUCGAAGAAUCGCAGUACCAAUACGAUGCCUUGGUAAAAAGAGUCAAAUGUGACAAAGCCCCGGACACUCUGAAGUGUCUCCGUGACUUGGACAUCAAAACCCUAUCCGAGAAUAACCCAAAUGUACCAGUGCCAGGCGGUGGUGGUGGAACACCGGUAUAUAUGUGGUCUAAUCACAUUGACGGCGACUUCACCCCGGAUUGGUCAUAUAACCUCUAUGAAACUGGAAAAUUUGUCAAGGUUCCAGUAAUAUUUGGAGCUUGUUCAAACGAAGGAACUACCUUCACGCCUAAAAACCUCGCCAACCAAAGCGAAAUAGACAAUUUCAUGAAAAACAAUUACCCGAAAUUGACAGAGGAGGAUCUGGCAACCGCUGCUUCCUUAUAUCCAGUACCAGAUAAACCAGAAUACCCAGAUUCAACACAAUUCUGGCGGCCGCUAGCAGACAUGUACGGUCACAUGCGCUACAACUGCCCCGGUCUCUACAUGUCCGGCUCAUACCCACGAGUCGGCGGCAUGAAUACCAGCUGGAGCUACCGAUGGGAUGUCGCCCGGCCCGCAAACCUCGCUAAUGGGAAUGGAGUCACGCACGUCGCGGAAGGCGGUGCUGUCUGGGGUAGUUAUAAAAAGGAAGACCCCGAGUCGGCGUUGCAGCCGAUUAUACAAUCAUACUGGACAAGUUUCAUCCGUUCUCAUGACCCGAAUACCCAUAGACUGAAGGAUGCGCCAGAGUGGCUGGGGUAUACCGAGGGAGAAGAUUCGAGUGGUGCCAAUCGGAGGAUGCUUUUUGUGAAUGAUCCUAAAAAGGUGGCUAUUGAGACUAUCAUUGGAUUGUUGCAGAAGCGUUGUAAAUUUUGGCAUAGCAUUGGGGCGAAGAUUGGACAAUAA